AAAAAAAAACAAAAAAACAUAUAUAGGCAAAUAUAAAUAAAUGAAUAAAUUAAAGAGAAUAAAAAUGAAGAUCGAACAAUAAAUAAAGUUAGAGUUAGAAAAGGAAAGAAAAAUAAUAUCACAAUAUGAAAUGGCAGAUCAAUUUACUCAAGGUAUUCAUUCAUUCAUUCAUUCAUUCCCUCGCUCCACGUUUUGGUGCAGUCGUCCGCCGCGCCGUACGCCUUACGUCACGACGUCGUUACGUCACGUUACCGUAGAAACAGCGGAGCGUCUGCCUGUGCGAUGCUAACGCUAAGCUAGCUGUCAGAGCGAAAGGAGCCUGCGUUCGUCGUCGCUCUAACUUGUCUUUUACCGGUUUAGUCGAAAUAAGUUGACGGUUACGGCCCAGUGAGUGCGGUCACCGCCACCAGACGUGCUUUAACGGACACUUUGAGCCCACGCAGCCUCGGUCUGCGGAGUCUGCCAGCGGUAGAAUGCUAGCGGCUACACCGGCAGAUUGACACGCGGGUGCCCACCGAACCGGGACGUUCUGUGGGGUUAAAGCUGGGAUGGAGCCGGUGGAUGUGGAGGGUCUAGUGGCGGAGCUGAAGAGGCAGCUGGAGGAUGAAGACCUGAAGCCGGAGCAGAGGCUCAGGGUGGUGAACUCCGGCCUAAACGAUGUCCUCAAAAUGGCUGCGGUCCAGCCCGACGGCUCCACUUUGACCCGUCUGAAGUCUCUGUUGUAUCACAGUGGAGUUCUGAACCACUGCGUCCGCUGUCUCAAUCCCAGAAUGCAGCGGGCCAACUGGAGUGCCAUGGCCACGCUCGCCCAGCUCAUCAGUUCCUGUUGUGUGGGGGCGGAGCCUGGACAACACUCCGAGGCCUUCCAUAGGCUGUUCCUGCCGUCGGUGGUGGACGGCCUGCUGCGAUUGGCCGCUGAGCUGACGAGGAGGGCGGAGUGUGAGUCUGCGUUCAGGACGGUGAUGGAGUCAGUCGGCUGGAUGAUCAGAGGACACACACAUCUGACAGCGCACGUUCUCAGUUCAGUCGACUAUGAGCAGAUCCAGAUGACUGACAACGUCUCAGUGUCCCUGUUCUGUGUCCAGAUGUGGCUCCACACCUGCACCUGCACCAGCACCAGGGACUUCUUGACCGAGCUGGGUGAUGACUCUGUCUCGUUGCUACUAAACGAUGCCAUCAGCCAAUUGGCUGUGAGCUGUGACUCUGCAGUGGGCGGGGUUUCUGUCAAACUGAUCCUCCUCAUGGCCAAUCAGCUGGGCCUUCGCCUUCAGCGCCUUCUGCUCAGCUUCAGAGGUUUGGAUAGUCUUUUGAACAAAGACUGGAGAGGGCGGGGCUUUGAUAAGGAAGUUGAUCAGCUGAUCAGGGUCAUCCAGUCCAGUGAAGACCUGGCAUGCACUGAGCGUGUGCGGGCAGCCUGCGUGAUCCAGGCGGCCUGGAGGUCAUAUCAGACCCGACGGCGAGUCAGAAACCUGAACCGAGCUGUGAGCAAACUGCAGAGGAAGUACAGGGCUCUGAGGACGCAGCGGCGGCGGCAGCAGGAGGCUCAGCGGUUGGACGAGGAGAUCCAGUACCAGGUGUGUUUGCGGCGUCAGCAGGCGAGGAGGAAGUUCCACCUGAAACAGCGACGACUGCUGCAGCUGCUGCCCCCAGACCAGGUGCAGUCGUACCUGCAGGAGUGUGAGCGCCGCGCCGCCGUGGUCAUCCAGAGCCACUGGAGAGGCUUCAGAGAAAGACGUCGUUACGAGAACCGGCGAUGCACGCCAGGACCGACUCGCGCUCAGCAGGAGGCCGCCAUGACGCUGCAGAGGGCGGUGCGUCUGUUCCUGCAGCGACGUCGAGCAGCUAAAGGUCCGCCCAUCUCCCAUUUCUGGAUUGGUCAGAAGGGUUUGACAGACAUUCGGAGGGCGGAGCUACAGAAACAGGUGCAGGAUUACAUCAGCAUGCAUCCGUCGCGUGCCGUGUCCCAUCAGGAGUGUGAGCGUCUUCAUGAGGAGGUUCAGCUGCUGUUACUGUCGGAGCUCCAGAAAGGAGACGAGAGGAGGAGGGAGGAGACGAGGAGGGACGCUCUGAUGGCCCACAUCAACACCCAGCUGGACAAGAUCACAGAUGCCCCUCCCCUGUCAGUCGUCACGGCAGCAGAAGCCGACUCCUUCUUGAGCCUCUCAGGUCCUGUCGCCACUCGAGCCCGGGAUGCCCACAAUGCAAUGCUGCAGGCGCACCGGCUGCCCUGGUGGAGGACGCUGGGAAACGCAGACGAAGCCGACCUGUUGGGUCCCGCCCACGUGGAGGGGCUGGAGGCGGAGCUUGGAGGACUGUAUGUGGGAGGGGCAACGGAAGGGGUGACCUUUGACCUACACAGUGAGAGAUGAAGUUAAAUCGAUCCAAUCGCUGAUUUGUAGAAAAUAAAGUUCUAAAGUUUGAGUGGAGAUAGUUUAACCAGUGAGUUUAACCAGUGAACUGUAGAGCUUGUCUGUAGUUUUGUAAUCAUUCUGUUUUCGGUCAGUUUUCUUUUUUCUUUUUUUUCCACUUAGUUGUUCUGUUUUUUCCAUCUGUUCUUUUCAUUAGUUUUUGGGUUUCUGUUUUAUGUAUAUUUUUCAUUUUUUCCUCAAAUUUUUUACUGUUCAAAUUUUCAGUAAUAUGUUUUGUUUUAUUUUUUUCUAUUUGUCACUUGUUCUUUUGUGUUGCUGUUGAUGUUUCCACUUUUCUUUGUACUCAUUUAUUCUUUUAUUUAUUUCUCUUCAUAUGUUCAUAUUCCUGUUUGAAUCUGUAAUAGGUUUAUUUUGUACUUUCAUCGACCAGUUUUAAGCUUCAUUGACUUUAACAGACGAUUUUUGGUCAGUCUGUUAAAAUAAAGCUGUAUUUUUAUACAUUUUA